CGUUGCAGAAUUUAGUUUGUUUUGUUUGCUGUCGUUGCCUGCCGGUUCACGGUUUAGAAUUCUAUUUUUAUCUUUUUAAGAAUAAGUUUAUUCCUAUCAAUUAUCCACUAUGUCUAAAAAUGGACCUUUAAUGUAUAGAGUCAAUCCCUUAUAUGACUCGCGCCCUAAUAUAAUUCUACCUACUUGUAUGUACAAAAUGAAUAAUAUUUAUGACACCGUGGAACCAUCAAGUGUUGUCAGCAAUAUGAAUGUCGAAAAUGUAGAUCAAGAGGAUAUAAAGUUAAUUGAACUAGAAAAACGUCAAUUGAGUAUCAUACAAAAACUCGAGGAUCUUAAAGAGAAAGUUGUGAAAAUGACAGAUGAAUUAGGAGUAAAAAUGGAUAAACCUAUUGAAAGCAUAGACAAGUUUCAAGACAUUGUAAUCAGGGCAAAUCCUCAAAAUCCACCACUUAGUAUUUGGGUGUUUUAUCAAAUAUUGUCGCAAAGUGUUCCGGCAAGAUUAGUUACUCAUCUGCAUUCAUCUUUAAAAAGUAUUCCUGAAGCUAUCUGUCAUCUCCCAACCUAUAAUGCAGAGGAUAAAAGCAAUAUUUCUCUGACUGUAAUUUGGAGAGAUGGUUCAAAAGAUCAUGAAAUGGUGGUCAAUCCUAUUCAUCAAGGACCUAUUGAAGGUGAAGUAAAUAUUGCUAGGUACAUCUCAAGACUAUUAUCUUUCAAUUAUGAAAACGAUCCAAUUACCUCUACACUCAUUGAUGAUUGGUUAGAAAUCGCUCAUACUUCUGUACUUCAUGGCAAUACUAAAGAUAGACAGGGUAUUCUGCGAUCUCUUAAUUCACACUUUGGGAAAAGCACGUUUCUGGUCGGUGAUAGUCUGUCAACUGCUGACAUUGUAAUGUGGAGUGCUCUUAUUCAGGCAAAACUUCAUAUAAAUUUACCAACUAAUGCUUUGAAAUGGUUUAAAUCACUAUCUAAUAGUGAGUUUUUUCAGAAAUACAAUGAGUUUAUUUCAUUAUAAAAAUGUAUUUAAAUAGUUAAUAAACAUUUUACAUGUA